AUGCAGUCGGAACCACUCCCCUCAUUCUUCCCUAACCUCUCCCAACGCUUUCAGUCUCUCGUAUGGUCGUGUCUAGACUCGGAUCUGACUAAGACUGCUGUCUUUCAUGCGGAGAGAUACUACGCGAUGGAUCCAAAUAACCACCAGGCGCGGCAUCUUUAUGCGACGGCUCUCCUGCGCGAAGGCCAAACGUACUCGGCUUUGUACCUCGUGAACAAUGCACAAGAUUUCCAAUGUACUGGAUGUUUGGAAAUCAAAGCCAAGUCGUGUACGGCACUGGGUCGCCACAGGCAGGCGCGUGAGGCUCUGGAAGCUACAAUGCUCGACACAAACUACGUGUCUGGAGCCUCUUCGAGCAGCAGAGUGUCGCGACCAUUUCCUGAAGACGCAGCCUUGCGAUGUAGAUCUGGCACGAUGGCCCUUAAAGGUAACCUUCCGGAAAUGGCGUCGCGUAGCUUUCGGGGCGCUCUGGCGUCGAAUCCGUAUAUCUGGGAGGCGUUCGAGGGUCUAUGUGCUUUGGGGUCAAUACCGGAGAUUGAUGAAAUAUUUCCCUCACGGCCACCACCCGUAAAACGUCUUCCACCAGAAGAGACGCAGGCCAAGUCGAUACCUAUUGCUUCUGGCGCAGGAUUCUUCACACCAGACGCUGGCAAUGCUGGUAAUCUUUUUCGGACGUGGAAACCUGAUAUAUCACAACCCCAGCCAUUUCGCAUGCCUCCACCGGGGCCUCGAGACUCGCUGCUGUCUAACGAUACAUUCCUCCCUGACAACUCCAUACAAGUACAUCGAACUAGUCGAUCGCAACCGACAGUUUCUAAUCCAAUCCAAGCACCCGCCCCUCGACCGCUUUCCUCAGCUGAUGAAGCGGGCCCAGUGCCGAAGAGGUUGCGGUCGACGACGCGGCAGCCCGAAGCGGUCAAACCGAAACCGAGCAAAUCGAGUCUCGACGACCCCUUGAAAAAGGCACGCGCACGCCCGGCCUUGUCAUUUGCUAACAUCUUCUCAUCUUCCGAUGGUCGUUCUCAGCCAACGACUUCCUCUAGGACAAAUCUUGGCCCUGGGAAGAGCAGCGCUCAAACUAGUCAUAUCCCCACACGACGGAGUACCCGUUUGUUGAGUGGUACGGGACCCAAGUUGCCCCAUACUUCCAAGAAUCCUGCCACGAGAGAUCGUGAUCGUCGGCGACAAGCCGCUCAGCCACGCAACAAAUCGAUAGAGUCCGAAAGAGAUGAGGAAUUGGCCCCCAUUGGCGAGGUUGCACACUCAAGGUCGCCCCCUUCUGCUGCACUUUCACAUCGCUCCGAAGUAUCCCCUUCACCGAGCAACUGGACUGCGGCACAUGAACAGCAAGCGCAGGAGGAGUAUGAAGGCGAACUUGCCGAGUAUUAUUUGUACAACUUGAUUCGACGAUUUGCCAGCGCGGCAAGGGCUUUAGCAAUGUACGAUUGCCGAACUUGCCUAGCAGAGUUGGGACAGCUGCCUCACGUCCAUCAAAAUUCAGCCUGGGUGCUGUCGAUGGUGGGCAGAGUGCAUUAUGAAAAGCAAGAUUACGCUUCUGCUGAGCGAGCUUUCAAAGCUGUAAGGGCAUUAGAACCUCAUCGUCUAUGGGACAUGGAGGUCUAUUCAACUUUGUUGUGGCACUUGCAGCGCAAUGUCGAACUAUCAUUCCUUGCCCAAGAACUGCUGAACAUCAAUCCUCAGUCGCCUCAAGCUUGGAUAGCCAUUGGAAAUUUAUUUUCUUUGCAAAAAGAGCGGCUACAGGCUUUAACGUGCUUCCGCCGAGCUGGUCAACUCGAUCCCACCUGCGCUUACGCGUUUACGCUAAGUGGGCACGAAUCGAUAGAUGAAGACCUUGAAAAGGCCAUCAACUUCUUCCAAUCUGCGUUACGUGCAGACCCUCGUCACUAUAAUGCAUGGUACGGAUUGGGUACGUGUUACCUGAGGAUGAGUAAAAUACGCCUAGCGGAGUAUCAUUACAGAAAGGCGGUUGAGAUCCACCCGAACAAUGCGGUUUUGCUAGGGUGUGUUGGAAUGGCUGUUGACCGACGUGGGGACCGCGACGCAGCCCUGGCCCUCUUUGACGAAGCUGUCCGGCUUGCACCCGAUAACGCCCUAGUUCGUUAUCGGAGAGCCAAAAUUCUGGUCUCAAUGAGGAAAUAUGAGCGGGCCGUUGAAGACUUGGUGUCACUGCGGAACAGUACGCCAGAAGAGUCAAAUGUCGUCUUCCAGUUGGCCAAGGUCUACCGGCUGCUCGGAGAUGAAGUGAACUCUGCAAAGACGCUUGCGCUUGCACGGGACAUUUCACCGAAGAGCAUGAACAAGAUCAAGAAGUUGUUGGACACUGUGAAAGAUGAAGGAGAUGAGCCAAUGGAUGAAGGAUGA